AUGUCUUUUAGAAGAAGAGGCGAUGUUAUUUCUGGCAGGGGACCAGUCCCCAGCAACCCCAUGCUCAACAGGGUUCCUGGUGCACGACCUGGUAGCGUAAUGCCAGCACGAGGGGUUGUUCCAAAUAGAAUUAUAAAAGCAGAUACAGGGGACCGUCGUAUUCCAGCCGCAACAGAGGUAGCCGCUGUACCUAGUGGCGACUUUUCUAAAAAUAAAGGUUUCAAGCAUCCUGGUGUUAAGCCUUCUUCUGUUUUAUCAAAUAUCAGUUGUAUAUCCACUGGAACUAAAGAUAUUGACACUAUUUUGGUUCAUGGUGGACUGCCAACCAACACUUCUUUAUUGAUAGAAGAAGAUGGGAGUACUGAUUUCAGCGGAGUUUUAAUCAAAAAAUUUGUCGCUGAAGGUAUUGUUCAAAACCGAAGAACAGGGAAGUUAAUCAAUCAUUGUAUAGUCAUUGGGAUGGAUAGUACUUUUGGUAAUGAAUUGCCUGAUGUCUAUGCAGGGAAUAGGAAAGAGAGAAAAAAGAAAUUAGUGAAGGAGCAGGAGGGAAAACUGAGUGUGAGCAAUAUCAAUGCAGGAAAUGAAUUAAAAAUUGCUUGGAGGUAUAGGAAGGACAUUGCGGAUGCAACCUCUAACAUGAACACAGCCAUCAGAGAGCUCGAUGAGUCGAAGUAUCCCGAAUACAAUCACCAGUUUGAUCUUACCACCAGUAUACGGCCAUCUCCUGAUUCGUCUGAAAUAACUUAUAUUCCACUAGACAAUUACAAGAAUGUCUUGGAUUCAGUGAAAAGAACCGUUGAAAGAGAGCUGAAAAAUGGGGAUAAAAUGAUUAGAAUAGCAGUGCCUUAUAUGCUAAAUCCCAUGAUUUAUGGUUGUGAUGAUUUGAUUGACUUUGAUAGUGUGGCGGCAUUCAUUUUUAAUUUAAGACGCAUAAUAAAUUCACAUGAAGGCCGUCUUUCUAUGGUUGCUAGUAUGAGCAGUGAGUUGUAUGAAGAUACUGUCUUAUUAAGCAAACUAGAAGAGCUAUUGUUUGAUGGUAUCAUCAGAUUAGUUCCUUUCCCACAUGAGUUGAAUGUUUUGAUGGAAAAGGUUUACAAAACACAAAGGGAAAAGAUCAAACAGGGUUACGUUGAUAUAUAUCGCGUUCCGAUUGUGAGUAGUAUGGGUUUGAUGGAGAAACGUUUGAAAGAAUACAGUUUCAAAAACAGCAAGACCAAUUUCCAUGUUGAGCAAUGGAGUAUUCCAGUUGAAGAGGAGGAAGUUGAUGAUAAAAGCACUGAUUUCUAA